AUGAAACCGCUGAUGGACGACUGUGACAGAGCAACGGCCGGCCUCAUAAUAAGCAUGGCUUCCCCGCCCGUACGGAAGCUAUGCGUAGUUAUCGCGGCAAGAUUUACCGAGAACCCGGAUAACGCGAAGGGCGAGUAUAGGUAUAAGCCUUCAUAUUACCUUACCCCAACUACCGUUAACGGCAGCCCAGUACCUAUCCAGGACACCAGCGACGGCUGCGAGACACUCACCGCUAAGGGCGGGUUGAAGCGGUUUGGCGUGGUCGGGCUGAGGCGCUUCGACGUGGAAGGAUUCCUCCAGACCGUCGACGUGUGGAAGACGCUCGUGGAGGAGUGUCCCGACGCGACCAAUACGGCCUUCAACUUUCAAUGGGCAAGCAUCCCGCAGGUCCGCCUGUCCCGUCCCUUUUCCGCGUGGCACGGUGCAAAUAGGAACAACCUUAUCUGGCAUACCGACGUCGCCAACCGGCAGAAGGUCGACGAGUUGAGUAGCAAGGCGAUCGAGAUCAUGCACGGGCCUGGGCAACGCCAGCGGUAG